CUUGUGAUCCUGGUUUUAUGCCUUAUGGCAAUCGCAUGUCUGGCGGAUGUUUCCCAUGUGAAACACCACAAGCACCAGCGGCAUCAUCACUCCAGGGAUCACGAAGAUGACGAUGAGGAAUCCCACUAUCAGCAUUCCCACGAGGAAAAGGAGGUGGAGCAACCUUUCUACAAGAAGGAGAAGCACACCAGUGAAAAGGUGGUUUACCACAAGGAGGAGGAACACGAGGAGCCCAAAUACUACAAGGAGCACACGGAGCAUCACCAUGAGGAGCCCAAAAAGCAGCGAGUGGAUCACUACCAUCACUAUGACAAGAAGCCCGAAGUGAAGACCCAGCACAUCCACUACAAGCAUAGCAAGCCCCAUGUCCGCACGGAUCACAAUCAGGACUUGUUCACCCCAGCAGCUACCCAAGUGGUUAAUCGCCGCCGUCGUCCUAGUCGAAUCCUAUACGCCAGUGCCCCCAACUCGGUGUUCCACACCCACACACAGAUCAAUGUGCAGUCUCAGGACUCGGAAUUGAAUUCCCUCACUCGCCCAGAUCCCGCACCUGGAGCACAGGAUCCUGCUGCCGCCCAAGCACCGACUGGAGCUCAGGCACCAGGUUUCCGACCCAACUGCCAGUUUAUUGGACCUGGCAACGUACCACCUGGCUGUGGACCCUCUGAUCCCAUAGGUGCUCAGCUACCAGCCAGCGCUCUGGCACCCACUGGUAGUAAUCUUCCGGCCAAUCAACCCGUUGCCAGUGGUCAAUUGGCUGUUCUAGGCAAUGGACAGCGACCUCCACGUCCAGGUGGCUAUGGAGGUGGAUAUGGCAACCGACUGAACUUUUUCGUAGAUCCUUCGCUGGGCGCUCAGCUAGGAGCUAUAGGAAAUGCUGCUGGAAAUCAACAGGCUGCAGGAGGAGGUCAGCUUGCAGGAGGAGCUCAACUUGGAGCAAGCCAAGGAUUCGACCCCUCUUUCGGUGCCCAAGCCGGAGGAGCUCAACUUGGAGCGAGCCAAGGAUUCGAUCCCUCUUUCGGUGCCCAAGCCGGAGGAGCUCAACUCGGAGCGAGCCAAGGAUUCGACCCCUCGUUCGGUGCCCAAGCUGCUGCCGGAGCUCCAUUUAACAAUGGUUUUGCAGGUGGUCAAGCUCAAAGACCUGCGCAAAACCAAUAUGAUCCCAACCUACAGCUAGGUCGUCCUUUUGAUCCCUCCUUGGGUGCUCAGUUGGGCGCUGGUCAGGGUGUUUCUAACCAAAGACCAAGUGGACAGGGAGCAUUUGAUCCUUCUACAGGUGCUCAACUUGGAGCUGGACAGGGUGUUUCUAACCAAAGACCAAGUGGACAGGGAGCAUUUGAUCCUUCUACAGGUGCUCAACUUGGAACUGGACAGGGUGUUCCUAACCGGAGACCCAAUACACAAGGCGCCUUUGAUCCCGCUUUGGGCGCUCAACUUGGAGCUGGCCAGGGCGCGCCUAAUCAGCGACCGAGUCCAGCUGGACAGGGAGCAUUCGAUCCCAAUCAGGGACAGUUCGACCCCUCCAUUGGAGCCCAAUUGGCGGCGGGACAAGUGCCACGCCUCAACAAUCGACGUCAGCCCAAUCGAUCCAACUACCAGGGCCUCAAUGUGCUGAAUGGCAACGUUUUCGGACAACCCCAUCUCCAGGGACCCACCAAUGCGCUGGGAAACCAGCAGGACACCAACAUCAUAGAUGGCAACUUCUACAGCGAUCCCCAUCACGGACACCAGCGUGCCUUGGUAUCAGUUACUCCAAAUCAGCGUUCAGUCCUGAUUCCCGACGACGAUGAUGCGGAUGAUGAUGGGCAGCUAGAUUUUCUGGGCUUUGCGGCCAGUCAGAAGAGGUCCACCUAUAUCGCUCCCAAAAAACUGCGAUCUCAUAGGAGCCCUUUAAAGCAAAGGAACGUGGAUCUUAAAACAUCUGCUUCGGAGUACGACACUGAUUAUCGUGAGGAUGGCUAUCACUACCAGAAGCCCAAACAUUCAUUCGAGUUUUAAGUUUUUGAAGCAGAACAUAUUAUACCCUAAAUAAA